AUGCAUGCUCAGAAGCCGCUCGAACGCCUCUUGUGCAACCGAAACUCCAGCUCUGGCCGUCUACCAAUCGAGCAAGGAGAUGCAGAGGGUCUCGCAAAGAGCAUGUUGCAUGCGGAAACAGAGGAAGCACGGGCAAAGGACGCAGAGGAGGCCGAUACGAAAAUGCUGAUGGAGACACAGAAACUGGGCGGUUAUCCGUUCGAGCAUGCGUUUAUCGAUGCGAAGGGCUGGAAAUUGCCUUUGCCAUCUGCACCAGGCGUGGCGACCACGCCCUCGAGAAGACGUCUUGACCGGAGUGCCCGUAACUUCUCGUCGGCGGCUGUCAAGAUCUACGAGCCUAACAACUGA